UCUGUGUGCAACUGUUGACUGUUGUCAUAGCAACGAUUAUUUUCUUUGCCAGAAUUAAUGUAAUCGUACUUAGUUUCUCAACCGCUAUUCGUCGAUAAAUGUUUUUAAGUUAAAAAUAGCCAAUAGCAAAGCAAUAAAAAUUGACAUAUUUCUACAUAGAACGUUUGAAGCAUUUCUAUGAAAAUAUAGUCGAAACGUCACCAAAAAAAUUAGAAAUUGCUUUGAAAAUUCUUUUGAAUGGAAAUCAGCUUCGAAAAAUCAUGUUAAUUUAUUUUCAAUAUUGUUACGUGGAUAUGGGUAGUUUGUAGUCCGUAUAUUCUGAGUAGUUCAAUAGGUAUGUGACCGUACAAUGCCGAAAAUCAUCGAGCUUACAUUUGAACUAAAUAUUGACCGCGUUUCAUGUCCAGGGGUGUGGUUAUGUCAGGACGGCCGUGUCUCACUGACGGUGUUUGCUCUGGGCACCAGCUACCAAACCUGUCUACUGCCCCCCAUCUUCCCACUCAACUACAAAGAUGUCUUCUACUUCCGCAAACGUUUCCAGGAGUCAUGUACCCUUAGCAAUAUCUGUUGUUUGUUGAAGGAAGAAACAAUCUACUGUGAGCUGGUGCAGUGGUGCGAGGACUGCUGUUCAGAUGACUGCACAGUAUUGGCUCAAUACCUGGGUGCUCUCAACGAUGUGUUGUUCCCUCCUAAUGUGUGCUCAAGUGAUGGUGUAGAUCUUCUCAUGAGGCGCUCUAAGGAUUUCCCUGGUAUCCUGUCCCCGAAGAUCGAGAUAUCGACGAAGGUGCGUAUCGACGAGGUGUGGAACCAGCCGUGCGAGCUGCCGCCUCGCCCUCCCAAGAUCAAGGCGUGCAGCUGCCCGCGCGCGGCCGACAGCGACCUCGCGAGGCAGAAGCAAGUCUGCCACACGCCUAUGUAUCACAGGGUCCGCUGCACGACGCGGCCGCGGUCGCACUCGGGAGACUCGAGGUCUUGCUGCAGCCUCGUCACCAGGGAGCCAGACUUCAACUGCGUGCCCAAGUCAAGAGAAGUAGAUGAACCUGCAGAAGACCCAACCCAGAAGCCAAUCCUGGAGAGCCGGUACAUCGACCAGUCUCCCUGCUACCACGAGAAUCUUCGACCAAGAAGGAGGCGCAACAGAGUCCGCAUAUCUCCUUGCGUCUGCGAAAUCUGCAAGAGGUACCACGAACUAUUUCAUUCGCGACAGUCUUUUGUAUGAUAUUUAUAAAAAAUAGACGUAUCGUAUAAACUAACAAGAUAUCCUUACAUUCGAAAUAUUCUAAAUAAU